AUGUCUUUCUCUCACUCCACCAACCUCGACUACGAUUUCACAUCCCCUCCGCCCUCCUCCAAGCUCCGCGAUCCCUUCGAGAGCCACAGCUACAACCAUGACCCCGUCGUGAACAGCAGCAGCGUGCCUAUCCCCGACCGUGGCCACGGUACCACCACCCAAAAUCAAAAGAGAAUGGAUCCGUUCGAAGUGCGCAUCCGCUUCACGCAGCUGCUGCAGCAUCUCAAUGCAUCAGUCACCAGCGCGAAUAAGGCGGCGCAGUAUGCGUUGAAGUAUCGGGAUAUGGAUGAGGAUUUGCAUUCUUGUAUUCUCGAACAGUUGGAGCGUAACACAAUGAACAACCGUGCAAACAUAAUGUACUUCAUUGAACACCUCUGCGAUGCAUCAGCCCGCGAAUCCCACACAGCCUACAUCCGCAUGAUGGAGCGCGACAUCCUCCGCGUCGUCGACGCCGUGGCGCCCGAAGACGGAUCCGGGGCGGCCAACGUAAAAGUAGUGCGGCGCGUCCUUCAAGCCCUUCAACAAAAGUCCUUCCUACUACCCCAAACAAUCAUAGAAAUCGAAGAAUGUCUCAAGGAGCGCGACACCCUUCCCUCAUCCUCCCCAGCCGAUGUGGAGAUGACAGCUACGAGUACAGGUGGGAGGAAUGGCAGCGGCGCGUAUGCGCAUGGCAAGCUGGAUAAGAAACAGGUGGAACAGCGCAUCGAAGAAGAUCGCGAGCGGCAUAAGCGUUUGAGGGAGAAUAUCUGGGCGGUGCCGAGGAAUGGGGAUCUGGAGGUGGAGUGGCGGAAGUUGUGGGAUGAGACGAGUGAGUUGGGGGAAGAUGAUUUUAUUCUGUAUGAGGAGGAGGCUGCGGAGCGGAGGGAGGCGGCGGGGGAUUGGGCUGAGGAGUAUAGUAUGAAAGUUAAGGUUUCUGCGAAU